AUGGAGCACUCCAGCAUCAACUACCCAGAGAUAAAUAAAGAUGAAUCUAUUGUAGAAGAAAAAUUCGGUGUUCAGAUCCAUGAUCCUUACAGAUGGUUGGAAGACCCAGACUCCGUCCAAACAAAGGCUUUUGUAAAGUCACAAAAUCUGAUAACGGAACAGUUCUUACGUAAAUGUCCAUACACUUCAAAAAUAAAAGAUAAAUUAACUGCUAUCUGGAAUUAUGAAAAAUAUUCCUGCCCAUUCAAAUACGGUUCCUUUUACUAUAUAUGGUAUAACAGUGGUCUACAAAAUCAAAGUGUCCUUUAUCAAAUGAAAAUGUUGUCAGGACCCACGAAAAAGUUUAUAGAUCCUAACGAAAUUGAUCCAGAAGGUCUUACAUCUUUGAGAAACUACAGUUUUUCAAUGGAAGGAACUUAUUGUUGUUAUGGUCUUAGUUUUGGUGGUUCUGAUUGGUGUGAGCUUAAAUUUAAAAAUUGGGAAUCGGGUGAAGAUUUACCAGAUGUUUUGCAACAAGUCAAAUUCAGUUCAAUUUCUUGGACGAAAGAUGAGAAAGGUGUUUUCUACUGUAUGUACCCUCAACACAAAGGUAAAGCUGAUGGCACUGAAACAACUACCAAUACCGACCAAAAACUCAUGUAUCAUCGUUUGGGUACACCACAGUCAGACGAUAUUUUGUGCGUAGAACGCCCAGAUCAGCCUACUUGGAAUAUACAAGGAGAGGUGUCUGACUGCGGGAGAUACUUGCUUGUAACUUUGUAUGAUGGAUGUGAACCUAAUAACCAGCUUUUCUACUGUGAUCUUGACAAAGUCGAUUCAGUUAUUACAAAAAAACUUGACUUGAUCCCAAUUGUUGAUCGCUUCGAAGCUGUCUAUGAAUAUGUGACAAACGAGGGUGAUUUAUUUGUGUUUCGCACCAACUUAGAUGCUCCAAUGUACAAGAUAAUCAAAAUCAAUCUUUCCAAUUGUGAUCGUCAAUAUUGGGAAGAUCUUAUCCAUCACAAUGUGGAAUCACUCUUGGAAAGUGUAGUGUGUGUGAACGCGGAUAAAUUGAUCAUUUGUCAUCUAAAGGACGUUAAGAGCUCUUUAUCCGUACACAAACUACUCACUGGGGAGAAAAUAUCAGAUAUUGAUAUUUCACUUGGGUACGUUGCAAAUGUAACCGGACGCAAGCGUGACAAUGAAGCUUUCAUCCAUUUUACGUCGUUUCUCACUCCUGGAAUAAUUUACGCCUACGAUUUUACUCACACUCAUCCAAAAUUAGAAGUUAUUCGAGAGUCAAAGAUUCGGGACGUAGACUUAAAUCAGUUCAAAGUGGAACAAGUAUUCUAUGAGAGUAAAGAUAAAACUCUAAUUCCUAUGUUUCUUAUUCUACCUAUGAACUUCCAAAAAAACAGCUCGGCACCGUGCCAACUUUACGGUUAUGGUGGAUUCAAUAUAUCCGUCACUCCAUCGUUUUCAGUUGGUCGAUUGUUUUUCUUGUUGCAUUUUGGUGGUAUAGUCGCAGUAGCCAACAUUCGUGGUGGAGGGGAAUAUGGGAAAUCUUGGCACGAUGCCGGUCGGCUGCAAAACAAACAAAACUCCUUCGAUGAUUUUCAAUCAGCAGCUGAAUAUCUCCUUAAUCAUGGAUAUACUAAUAACCAAAAACUGUACAUUCAAGGUGGCAGUAAUGGUGGACUUUUAGUUUGUGCCUGUUGCAAUCAAAGACCAGAUUUAUUUAAAGCUGCUGUUGCCCAAGUCCCAGUAUGCGAUCUUAUCAGAUUCCACAAGUUUACAAUUGGACAUGCCUGGAAAAGUGAUUAUGGCGAUCCUGAUAAGCAAAAGGAUUUCUUAUAUCUGAUGAGAAUUUCUCCACUCCAUAAUAUCAAGAUUCCAUCGGAUCCAAAUGUUCAAUAUCCAGCAUUAAUGAUUUUAACCGCAGAUCAUGAUGAUCGUGUUGUUCCAUUACAUUCAUUUAAGUUCAUUGCAACUUUACAAGAAAAAUUAUGUCACAACUGUCGUCAAACAAAUCCCAUUCUGAUUCGAAUCGAGACAAAGGCUGGGCAUGGACAAGGCAAACCUACAUCGAAAUCAAUUGACGAGGUAGCAGAUAUAUACUCCUUCUUACAAACUGCGAUGUCACUCACAUGGAGAGAAUAG